AAAAAGAUGUUCAGAGAUGAGUAAAACCCUAUCGCGGCCGUCACAGCGAACAAGGAGGCCAAAUCCCUGCGGUGAGCCAAUCUGGAGGGUUUAAGAGGGAGUCCUUCCCCUCUGGGCCGGGAGGCGGGACCGGCGGGACCACGCCCUCCCCCGCCAAUGGGAAGCCUUGUUGCUCGCCAAGCCUCCGCCCCUUUCGUCCGCCGGGGCGGGGCCGGCCGCUCCAGGCGCUAAGACUACAUUUCCCGGCGCGCCGCGCGGCGCGGGAGAAAGAGGAGCCGGAAGUGGGGCGCGCGAGGUCCAAGGGCACGAGGGAAGUGGCGGGCGGGGACCGAGGGGGGCGUGCAGGUGAGCGGACAGGCCCAGCUUCGCCGGCAUGGCCGAGGCCAGGAAGCGCCGGGAGCUCCUUCCCCUGAUCUACCAGCACUUACUGCGGGCGGGCUAUGUGCGCGCGGCGCGGGAAGUGAAGGAGCAGAGCGGCCAGAAAAGUUUCCUGACUCAGCCUGUGACCCUUAUGGACAUCUAUACUCACUGGCAACAAACCUCAGAGGUUGGCCAGAAGCGGAAGGCAGAGGAGGAUGCAGCACUGCUGGCUAAGAAGACCCGAGUGUCAGACCCCAUUAGCAGCUCAGAGAGCUCAGAAGAGGAGGAGGAGGAAGAGGAGACAGAAGCUGAAGCCACCAAAACCACCCCAAGACUAGCAUCUACCAACUCCUCAGUUCCAGGACCGGUUUUGCCAUCAAGCACAAAAGAAAAGGGCAUGGCAAAGACCAACAAAGCCAGCAAGAUGGUCAACUCCACACCACAUCCGGCCUCUGGCAAGGCAGUAGCCCACAUUCUGUCUGGGAGAUCACCCAGCAAGUCUGCAGGGCCCUCGGCAAAUACCAUCCUGGUCUCGGAAACUGAGGAAGAGGGCAGUGUCCCGGCACUCGGAACCACAGCCAAGCCUGGAAUGGCAUCAGCCAACCAGGCCGAUAGCUCCAGCGAGACCUCCAGCUCCAGUGAUGAGACCGAUGUGGAGGUGAAACCUUCAGUAAAACCACCCCAGGUCAAAGCCUCACCAGCCCCUGCCAAGGACUCUGUAGGGAGAGGGGCAGUCCCAACCCCUGGGAAGGCAGGGGAUGCGACACCCCAAGGCAGAGGGGGUGCUCUGACCCCAGCCAGCAAGGCCAAGAAGCCAGAAGAAGACUCAGAGAGCAGUGAGGAGGAGUCUGAGAGUGAGGAUGGGGCCCCCGCGGAACCACCCCACCAGGUGAAGGCCUCAGAGAAAAUUGUCCAGGCCAAAGCUGCCUCGGGUCCUGUCAAGGGGACCCCUGGGAAAGGGGCCACUCCAGCUCCCCCUGGGAAGGCAGGGCCUUCGGCUGCCCAGGCCAAGACAGGGAAGCCAAAGGAGGACUCAGAUAGCAGUGAGGAGGACUCCAACAGCGAGGAGGAGCCACCAGCUGCCAAGACCCCACUUCAGGUGAAGCCUUCAGGGAAGACACCCCAGGUCAAAGCUGCCUCAGCUUCUGCCAAGGAGUCCCCUAGGAAAGGGGUCCCUCCAGUGCCCCCCAGCAAGGUAGGGCCUGCAGCCGGCCAGGCUAAGAAGGGGGCGGGGGAGGAAGACCCAGACAGUAGCACCGAGGAGUCUGACAGCGAGGAAGAGGCACCAACAGCUGUACCCCCAACCAGGAGCCCUGUUCAGGCAAAGCCCUCAGGGCAAAACUCCCAGGUCAGAACUGCCUCGGGUCCUGUCAAGGGGCCCCCUCAGAAGGCAGGGCCUGCAGCCACCCCAGUAGGAAAACAGGAGGAGGACUCAGAGAGCAGCAGCGAGGAGGAAUCAGACAGCGAGGGGGCAGCGCCAGCCCAGGCAAAGUCUUCUGGGAAAAUCCCCCAGGUCAGAGCUGCCUCGGGUCCUGCCAAGGGGCCCCCUCAGAAGGCCGGGCCUGCAGCCACCCAGACCAAGGCCGAGAUGUCCAAGGAUGACUCGGAGAGUAGUGAGGAGGAGUCAGAGAGUGAAGAGGAGGCGCCUGCAGCCAUAGCUCCAGUCCAGGCAAAAUCAACUGUGAAAACACCCCAGACGAAGGCCUCCCCAAAGAAGGGCACCCCCAUUACCCCUACACCUGCCAAAGCUCCCCCAGUGCGAGUGGGCACACCAGCCCCUUGGAAGGCGAGAGCAGAAGCUUCUCCAGCCUGUGCCUCGUCUCCAGCUAUGGCGAGGGGCGCCCAGAAGCCAGAGGCCUCUUCAAGCAGCAGCGAGGAGUCUGAGAGUGAGGAGGAGACUGCUCCCGCCCCAGCAGCAGGACAGGCAAAGCCUGUGGGGAAAGGCGUCACUGUGAAGGCUGCCUCCACACCCACCAAGAGGCCCUCAGGCCAAGGGACUGCCCUAGCACCCCCUGGGAAGGCAGGGCCUGCAACAGCCCCAGUGAAAACUGAGGUGCAAGAAGACUCCUCAGAGAGCAGCGAGGAGGAAUCGGGCAGUGAGGAGGCUGAGGAGGCGGCUGCGGCUCCUGCUCAGGUGAAAACCCCUCAGAGCAAGGCCAACCAAGCUCCCACCAGAGCAACUUCAGCCAAAGGGGCAGCAUCAGCUCCAGGAAAAGUUGUCAGUGCAGCUGUUCAAAUCAAGCAGGAGUCCCCGGCCAAGGUAAAGCCACCAGCAAGAACCUCCCAGAGCAAUGCUGUCUCAGUGAGGGGCCAGGGCGCUGUGCCAGCUGUGGGGAAGGCAGUGGCCACAGCAGCCCAGGCCCAGCCAGGGCCAGUCAAGAACUCAGAGGAGGACUCGGAGAGCAGUGAGGAGGACUCCGACAGUGACGGGGAGGCCCGCACUCCGGUGAAGCCCUCAGGAAAGACCCCCCAGGUUGGAACUGCCUCAGCCCCCAGCAAGGGGCUGUCCAGGAAAGGGGCCACAGCAGCCCCUCCCAGGAAGACAGGAGCCGUGGCCACCCAGGCUGGGAAGUCGGAGGAGGACUCUGAGAGCAGCAGUGAGGAGGAGUCUGACAGCGAGGAGGAGGCCCCGGCCCAGGUAAAACCUGGUAUAAAGCCUCCCCAAACCAAGGCUUCCCUGCUGAAAGGUGUCUCAGGCACUCCUGCAUCUGCCAAGGCCUCCACAACACGAGUGGACACCUCAGCCCCACAGAAGGCUAGACCAGCACCUCCUGCCAAGAAAGAGGGGAGCUCCAAAACUGCGAAAAGCAAGACCCAGGCCCCAGCACCUCCAGAGAAGAACGCAGAGGGGUCCUCCGAGAGCAGCGACGAGGAGCUGCCGGCCACCCAGGUGAUUAAACCCCCUCUGAUUUUUGUCGACCCUAAUCGUAGUCCAGCUGGCCCAGCUGCUACCGCCACACAAGCUCCAGCUGCAGACACCCCGAGGAAGGCCCAGGCCUCGGAGAGCACAGCCAGGAGCUCCUCCUCCGAGAGUGAGGAUGAGGAUGUGAUCCCCGCUACGCAGUGCUCUGUUCCUGCCGGUAGAACCAACGUGACCCCACUCACGGCCCACCCAAGGCCGGCUGUCAGAGCCAGCACUGUUGGGGCCAGCGGCGGUGAGGCGUCCGGUCGGGUGUCAGAAGGCAAGAAGCAGGAGGCACCCAUCACUCAGGUGACAAAGAGGAACCCUGCUCACCUCCCGCUGACCCAGGCUGCCCUGAAGGUCCUUGCUCAGAAAGCCAGUGAGGCCCAGCCUCCUGCUGCCAGGACCCCGUCUUCAAGUGGGGUUGACCGUGCUCUGGGCACACUCCCCAUAAUGAGUCCUCAGAUCACCCCUGUGCAGGCCAAGGUGACCAACAAGCUCAAAAAGGCUGAGGUCCCUGCAGUCGAGCAAGCCACAGCCACUCCUGCGGGACACCCCAAAGCCAAGGCCUCUGAGACCUCCAACGACAGCGAGGACAGCAGCAGCAGCUCUUCAGGGAGUGAGGAGGAUGGUGACGGGCCCCAGAAGGCCCACAGGCGGGUAGGUCCGGCCCCCUCUGCGACGGAGACCUUGGUAGAGGAGACCACAGCAGAGUCUAGCGAGGACGAGGUUGUGGCACCCUCUCAGUCUCUCCUCUCAGGUUAUGUGACCCCUGGGCCAACUCUGGCCAACUCCCAGGCUUCAAAGGCCACUCCUAGGCCAGACCUCAACCCGUCGGCUUCCUCUACUUCCACUAGCAAAGAUGCCCCAGAUGGCAAGCAGGAAGUGGAGCCCCAACACGUAGCAGACAGGACAGAGGCUGAUGCCACGCCUCAGAAGCCCCGGAAGCCCAAAAAGGAGGCCGGGAACCCCCAAGCCUCCACGCUGGCCCUGCAGAACGACAUCAGCCGACGCCUCCUGAGUGAGCCCUGGCCCCUGAAUGAGGCCCAGGUCCAGGCCUCGGUGGUGAAGGUCUUGACAGAGCUGCUGGAGCAGGAAAGGAAGAAGGCCGCUGAUGCCGCCAAGGAGAGCAACAGGAAGGGCCGGGUGGGCCGUAAGCGGAAGCUGUCGGGGGACCAGACAGCAGCCAGAGUCCCCAAGAGCAAGAAGAAGAAGCAGCUCGUGGCCGGGGGAGGCGGGGAGGGUGCUGCUGGCUCACCAGAAAAGGCCCUCAGGACUCCCAAGGGGAAAGCCAAGAGAGAUGGAGCAAGCAGUGACAUCAAGGAGAAAGAGUCUCCUGGCUCUCUAGGGGCCAAGGAGAAGCCGGAAGGGGAGCCGGGGACACUGAAGGUUGAAGGUGGAGACCAAGGCAACCCAAAGAUCAAGAAGGAGAAAAAGAAAUCGGAUAAGAAAAAAAAAGACAAGGAAAAAAAGGAAAAGAAGAAGAAGGCAAAAAAGGCCUCAACCAAAGACCCUGACUCACUGUUCCAGAAGAAAAAGAAGAAAAAGAAGAAGAGAGCAGAGCAAACUGUCUGAGGGGCACAAGGCGACAGGGAUUUCUUAGCCAAGUGGUGACCAGCCCCAUGCCUCUGCCCUGUGCCCACCGUGGGCUGGAACUGAAUCUUUAGCUUCCCCCCUCCCCAGAAGAGGCCAGCCAGCCACAGUGUCCACGCUGGCCGAGCUAGUGAGCCCUGCAGAGGCUGGUCCGAGGAGGAAGAGAAGCUUCCAGCUCCAAUGACUGGCACUCACUGACUCCGCGUCUGACUUCUGUCCUGACACAGAAUGCUUCAUAGAGAUGUGUACAGUAUAUAUAUAUUUUUUUAAGAGACCUGCCCCUCCCCCUUCAAACUGACACUCCCAGAGGCCUCAGGACCUUCCAUCCUUUGACCUGCCGACCCAGCAAGGCCCAGCCUGCAGCUCCUCCCAUGUCCCUGGUCUCUGGUCUCUGGCUGAUGCUGAGGCUUUGUCCUCUCUGUUUUUCACGUUUUGUUUGUGGUUUUUUGUAACAACUGGGAAAAUAAAAGGCUUGAAGGAAA